AUGGAAGCGCUUGAUGAAAAGAUGAAACUUAUCAUGAAGGAAAAUAGUAUACUCAAAGCCAAAAUUACUGAACUAGAAACGGAAGUGAAGUUUUUGAAAGAUGAAAAACGGAAAAACAAUCUAGUAUUUUUUGGGAUAGAAGAAAUAGGAAAAACUGAAUGUGAGCUUGUAGACUGCAUAAAGGAUCUCAUAGUGGACUCGGGAACACAGUUGGAUAGUAAUGAAAUCAGUAAAAUAUACAGAAUUGGAAAACAGGUCAACAACAAAAACCGCCCAGUCGUAGUCACUAUUACAAAACUUUGGAAAAAGCACUUGAUCUGGCGAAAUAAGUCCAAUCUUCCGCAAGGAACAUACAUCAAAGAAGACUAUACCAAAGAAGUGCUAGAAAAACGCAAGCAACUGCAGAUACAAGUAGAAGAAGAAAAGAAGAAAGGAAAUGUUGCGUUCAUAAAAUAUGAUAAAUUAGUAAUAAAGAAAACCAGAGACAACAACACAGAAAAACGAAAAAGAGAAGAAGCGUAUUGUAAUACUCAACAUAAAACUACCUCCGAAGAACGAAAAGUGGUCGAUUAUACAAGUCUACUCCCCAACAGAACAAGCAAGUGA